GCAAAGCCAGAUCAUCAACACAGCAAUGUCAGUCAUGACACCUGCUGUUGCGACUGUUGUACUUAUUUUCCUUUACCUACAUGGAAGUCAAGCAGCCAGCCCACACAUCGUGUUCAUAGUUGCAGACGAUCUGGGCUGGAACGAUGUUGGUUUCCGUAAUCCACAGGUUCUGACGCCACACCUGGACAAGUUGGCCAAAGCCGGAGUCAUCCUCAACUCCACCUAUGUCCAGCCCGUAUGUUCACCAUCCAGAAACUGUUUCAUGACUGGGUACUUCCCCUACCAUACUGGACUACAGGACGGCGUUAUUAGUCCAACAUCUCCUGGCUUUGUUCCCAUCAAGUUCACCUUCCUCCCUCAGAAGUUAAAGGAACUAGGAUACAGCACCCAUGCUGUUGGGAAGUGGCAUUUAGGCUUCUGUAACGCAAAAUACACUCCGACCAACCGUGGCUUUGAUACCUUUGUUGGGUAUUACAUGGGUGCCGAGGACUAUUACAAGCACUCAAGAACAUAUGACGGAUAUUUUGGAUAUGAUCUACGCUUUAACACUACCGUCUAUAAAGAACCCGUUGGUAAAUAUUCAACCCAUGUGUUUGCAGAAAGGGCAAUUGAUAUCAUCAAAUCUCACGACAAGAAUACGCCACUCUACUUGUAUCUGCCAUAUCAGGCAGUACAUGAACCUCUGGAAGUUCCCCCUGAGUAUGAAAACCUGUACAACAAUAUCCACAACUUAACACGAAGGACCUACUGUGGUAUGAUCAGUGCCCUUGAUGAAGCUGUUGCUAACAUCACGAACGCUUUAGAGGAAACGGGACUCAUUGACAACUUGCUGUUGGUGUUCACGACUGACAAUGGCGGGCCUUAUUGGCAUUCUGCAAAUAAUCUUCCUCUACGUGGAGCUAAGGCUACACUGUGGGAAGGUGGAACGAAAGGAACUGGAUUCAUCUACAGUAAAACCCUUCUGAAAAAGACAGGCUACCUCAACACUGGAAUGAUGCAUGCUGUGGACUGGUACCCGACCUUGGUGGAGCUGGCUGGUGGAAAGAACACAGAUCCCAACAUGGACGGAGUCAGUCAGUACGACAUGCUGAUCAAUGGUGGACCGAGUAAGAGGAACGAGUUCGUCUACAACAUCUACGACAAGUCCAAUUCCUCAGCAAUUAGAUAUGGCGAUCUCAAACUGAUGCGAGGGUCACCGGGAAGUCACAAUGAUUGGGAUCCUCUUCCAACGUCUGGUGAGAGUUCAGAUGUCCCUCCCCAUGAAAACAGGGACAAGUUCCCUCCGUAUAUGUUGUACAAUAUCACCUCCGACCCAACUGAACAUUUCGACCUGUCUGCUAAGUACCCCGAGCUUGUAACGAUGAUGAAACAACGCCUUGAGAACUGGGAGAAGACACGAGUACCAGCCAAUCAUCCCCCGGCUGACCCUAAAUCUAAUCCAGAUCUCUAUGGAGGCAACUGGAGCCCAGGCUGGUGCUGAACAUUGUAUUAUGUUGGCCAGUAAAAUCAGAGAUACAAUACGUGAUUGACACUCUUCAAUAUGAUUCCGUUGAUUGUUUGCUUUAAUUACUCAUUGAUGCAUCUUUUAGUGAUAUCUCGUAGUACCAUCUAAAAAGACGACAUCCAUAUCGACUUCCACUAACGUCGCGUUUUGAUACGUUACUUACAUCUACAAAAACAACAACAACCGAAACGACGCCUUAAAAGAAUACAUAAGACGAUACUAGUAUGUCUCCAUUCAUUCGGAAAUAUCUUGAUGGCGAUCAAGUUUCCAUGUACCGAGGACGGGUAUAGCACUGGUGACACUAUCUAUUAUCACGAUCAACGAUCAUAAUUACUGAUGUAUUCAUGUAAGUAGCCACCUGUAUACGGUAAUGGCUGAGGUAAUCAGAGAUAAUGUGGAGUUAUUAACUUCACGUAUUGAUUUGAUAACUAUAUGUUUAGUAUAAUCAUUGCAUAUAAGGUUUUCAAGUAAAGUAAUACAACACAAUACAUGUUUAAGCUUCAUAUAACAUCUAAUGGUAAUGAAUAAAAUCUUAUAUUAAAUA